AAGCGCUGAGGGGAGGCUGCUGCUGGGGCCGGCUCCGGAGUCCGGGAUUCGGCCCGUGGUGCUGACCUAGCGCUGGACCAGCGAUCGUCCGGGCACCCUGGCCUGAGCGCCCGCCUGCUGCUCUGGGUCCUCCUGGCCGAGACGCAGGAGGCCAGAGAGUGAGCAGAGGAAGGCCAAGAGGGCGCGAGCGCCCUGUGCGCGGAGCUGCGGAGGCGGCCAGGGGCCCGGACGCCAUGUCCAUGGAGGACCCCUUCUUUGUGGUGAAGGGAGAGGUGCAGAAAGCAGUCAACACUGCCCAGGGGCUGUUUCAGAGAUGGACGGAGCUCCUCCAAGACCCUUCGGCAGCAACACGGGAAGAGAUCGACUGGACCACCAACGAGCUGAGAAACAAUCUCCGCAGCAUAGAGUGGGAUCUGGAGGACCUUGAUGAAACUAUCAGCAUAGUUGAAGCAAAUCCUAGAAAAUUCAACCUUGAUGCAACUGAAUUAAGUAUAAGAAAAGCCUUCAUUACAAGUACUCGGCAAGUUGUCAGGGACAUGAAGGAUCAGAUGUCGACUUCAUCUGUGCAGGCUUUAGCUGAAAGGAAAAACAGACAGGCACUGCUGGGUGACAGUGGCAGCCAGAACUGGAGCACUGGAGUGACAGAUCAGUAUGGACGCCUUGAUCGAGAGCUGCAGUUAGCCAAUUCCCACUUCAUCGAGGAGCAGCAGGCACAGCAGCAGUUGAUUGUGGAACAGCAGGAUGAGCAGUUGGAGCUGGUCUCUGGCAGCAUUGGGGUGCUGAAGAACAUGUCCCAGCGCAUCGGAGGGGAGCUGGAGGAACAGGCAGUCAUGUUGGAUGAUUUCUCUCAUGAGUUGGAGAGCACUCAGUCCCGGCUGGACAAUGUGAUGAAGAAACUUGCAAAAGUGUCUCACAUGACCAGUGAUCGGCGCCAGUGGUGUGCCAUAGCCAUCCUCUUUGCGGUCCUGUUGGUCGUGCUGAUCCUCUUCCUAGUGCUGUGAUGGUGCCACCACUCUGGUUCCUCCUGCCCAGGAGCCAAGGGAGGAGGAGAAACAAGCACACUCCGUCAGCUCACAUUCCUUUCCUGGAAACCUGCCGCUGUGUGGCCUUUUCUCUGUGUGACUCCACAUUUGAGACAGCUCCUCCAUCCAGCGCUGGACGGACCACAGGCAGAGAAAGGAGAUGACUGCAUCCCUGGCUGGACAAGAGCCCUCCGCCUGUCCUGAUCAAGGAUAGCUAGCUACCGCUUUGCCUUGCUGGACAUUGCUCCCAGAGGAGGGACUGUGUCACCAGGAAGAAUGGAGAGACCCGCUAGUGUCACCACUGCUCAUCCGUCGUCUCGGGCAGCUCUUUCUUUUGCUCAGAACUUUCCCUGCCCAGAUGGGAACCAGUACCCUGUGGAAAGAAACCUGUUGAGAAUGUGGCUGCUGGGUAUGCUGCGUUUCCCUUGCUGUAACAUUUCAUGGUCCCUGAGAGAGCUGGUUAUUGAUGAGGACAGAAGCAGUCUGCGACAGAAAAUACAGAGUUUCAUUUUUCAGGGAUAAGCACUAAGAUAAAAUUGCUUUUCCAGGUGCAAUUUUUAUUUUUAUUUUUUUUGAGGGGGUAGUAAUAACUAAUGGAAACUAGUGAAACACCCUGGGUCUUAGGGUGCUAACAGCUUGUGGCUUACUUGUGGCUUUAAUGGACAGUUAAAAAGGGCAGUGGGACCUGCAUUGAUCGGCACAGCUUAGGGAAGGGUUGAUGAUGUUGCCAGAGCUCAGGACUCCAUGUUGCCGCCCCAGAGCUUCCCCCAGAGGUGCAGCUUGCAGUUUUAGGGUAACCCUUAAGUCUGUUGAUGAACAUCUAGGUAGAAUGCUGGAAUGAAUUAGGACCCUGUGUCCUCUCUGUCACGUCUUUUUUCCUGUGGCACUCUACACCAGGGAUGGGUUGGGAGUAGGUAGUACGCUCAUUAUAUUUACAACGUGCUCAUGCUACAGAAAGGCUGGCGCAGCGUCCUGGACCUGACUUCUCUUAUGCUGUUAGUAAUGGCAGCGUGGCCGGAGAACUUGAUUCUUUUCUUCCCUAAGGUGACAACUUGACUUUAUUACCCAUUUAAAUAACUGAGCCAAUUCAAAUUUAAUGUUAGAUGCGUUUAUUGAGUUUAAGUAGCUGAGACUGCUGAGACACUAAAACCCGCAAGCCUCUGGUGACUUUUGCAGUGCCUCAAAUGCGCACGUGUACAUAGGGUAACUUUUAUAACCUCCAUGAUGCACAAUGUGAUAAAGUAGUGGUGGAUCCAGGGCCAGGACUCAGCAGUGGAGGCUGCAGUCUCCGCACCACGGCGUGCGCUUGGAGAGCGCAACAGUAACUGGAGAGCGCUCGAGCUUUGGCCUGUCUUGGAGCAUUCCUCAGCACACUUUUUUCUUUUUUAAACACUUUCUUGUUUUGUAUGUAUUUCUUGCGGUUUUGUUUUCUUGGGUUUCCCCCCUUUAUGAUCUGCAAUGGUGUGCUUGCCCAGCUAACUUUUAAAUUGCACUUUUUAAUAAAUAUCUGUAACAGUUUUUUAAAGAAGGAUAUUUUAUCUUGUUUAGGAUUAUUGUAGGUAAGGAAAUCUGCCUGUUGAUGAAAGCUAAAAGCAGAUUUAUAAAACAGAAAGGGUGGUUUACAUCCAUGUUUACACUCACUUCUAAUUUUUUAUAUAUUAAAUAAGUUAUUUCUUUUCAAAUUAGGAAAAAAGUAAAUAUGACAAAGGGCUUCAAAGGGAUACUGAGUUAUUUAUGUUUUAAGACUUACUCAAAUAGGUUUCUAUAAACUUUGACCACAGAUGGUCCCUUGCAUUAAAAUAUAGAAGUCUUUUGCUAAAAAUAAGUGUAGGUUUUUCCCCAGUACUGUAAUCCAUACUCCACGUUACAAGAAGCAGCUAGCAUUUCAAAGAAUUCUAAGAGUCUCCUAGUUAAAAGCCAUGCUAUUGUCUUGCUGUUACCAUAUUGCAUGCCAGUCAGGGCUCUUUAGAACGUGGCCUGUCCCUAAGGAAAAACACCCUCCCAUGAGUUCAAGGAUCAAGGGUUGGCACCCCUGCUUAACUUCGUUUGCUACAUUUUGAAUUAAUUGUGUUGACUGAUUUAAGAUGUUUACUAAACUACUGUAGACUUGACAAGCUGAAGCUGAGCAGGGAACCACUUAGAAAAAAAUCAACUGAAAUACAGGUGUUCUCCCCAUGGGCCAUGACACUCCUCCCUUUGGAUGACUUAGUCCUGGCCUGGGCCUGCCGUGCCUUUCCAGCCUGGCCCUGCAGAGUGGCUGUUCAUUUUGAAGGUCCUCUGUGCAGGCUCCUACCUGGCAGCCAGGAGCCAUCUUCCGUGAUUAGAGAACCUCAGUGGUCCCUUUACUCCUGUGUCCUGGGAUAGGGAGAGAAGGAGGUAACAGGCGCACCUCACCUGCGUAAGCGCUCCUGGGGGGAGCUGGGUCUUCUGCACCAACUCUCAGAUUCAUCAUUGGUGAGAACUGGCAGAACGUGAUGGGUAACAGAGAAAGAGCUCAGUUUAUGCUCACUGGAAGAACGUUUUACUUAACUGAUCUGGGUGUGGGUAAGAUGGGGAUGAACCAUUGAGAGAUUCUGCCAGGGUGUGAUUCCAACCGGAAAACCACAAUACCUUCAGUUUUGAGUCCUGAUUUCUUGUCUUUGUGUGGACUAUGAAAAAUCACAAUUCGAUGCCUGCUCUGGACUGUGGCAAGUGGAACUGAAGCGUGUGGUGCAGCAUGGGUGUGGGUGUAUAUGUUACAUGCAGCUCUUCCAUAAUUUUAGAAUUCGUGCCAGAGCUGAAGGGUGGAAACUUGGUAACUUGCCCAUUAUUCUCUGCUGUUAGCCAGCAUUAAACAGACUGAUGGGUCUGGUAGCCAACUACUUGGCAACUUCUACUCCUUCUCACCUCGUGCGAUUAAGGGCUGUGAAAAGAAAUCUAGUCUAACUCCAACAGAAAUCUGUCUCUGUUAAGUGUUUUACCUUCUGUGAGUAAAGGUGAUGGAGCCAAGAUUUUUCUUUUGGUAAUUUCCCUGGCUAUAAAGUAAGACCAGAGGGACAACUAUUCCCUGUUACCUUUUUGAAGAAUUCAUAACGUUUGAAGAUCAAGGAAUUGAAUGAUAAAUAAGAGCUGCAUUUCAACUCUGGAGGGUUCCUCUAGUACCACAGGAUGAGUUUGUAAACAAAACAAAGAUGGACUGCCUGGAAAGCGUGAUCCAAAGUACAGAAUGCACUGCCUCUCUUUUUCCCUCUCUUUCACUGGAUUUCUUUCCCUCCCGAGUUUAUAAGACAAUGCAUGUAUUUUUCUUUUGUCUAAAAAGAAUGUUCUUUGCCCAGCGAGAGUGAAGAGAAGAUGAAACCAAAAGGCCCCUAGAUUUGUCACCUGCUCUGUCACUGAGUACUCUUACCAAAGUCAGUUCUGGAAUUCAGGAGGACAAUGAGGGGAGGCCUUGUGGGCCAGCAGGAUGCAGCUGCGUGCUUCUCCUGGGGCCUUUGCUCCUGGGUAGGGGAAGUUUAGUCAACUGCUCUUAGCAGUUCCCAGCCUUCCGAGAUAUAUUUACACUUGAAAUGGUCUUACUGUGCGAGGGCCACACUGGUCUGCUGUGUGUAAGUGCCGAUGCGUUAUCACACAUUCCUUGGUGAUGCCUACUGGGAAACUGCUCUCUGCUGUGAAGUGCAGAAAAGCAGAAGAGCUUUGAGUGAAGUAAAACAACCCUUCAGCCCUGCACAGCAUUCCUGCGAGUGCUUGGUGACCCAGAAAGAAGGGGCGCGUGCAGAUUGGAUCUCGGUAGGUGUCAUCUUGAUGUAGACUUGGGGCUGUGGGUGCUUCAGAGUGGUCCUCCUGUUGGUGCAGUUGGUGCCCACCCCCAACACACAGGACUCACUGUGCUGCAUUCUGGACGUGGUCAUCUGGAUCCCACAUGCUUUGCGAGACAAGGCACUGAAAGCUGAGCUAGUGUCAGAACUUAGACGGAAUGAUUCUGACUUGUGCUUAACUCCGCAAAGCCUUGGUGAUUUUUUUUUUUUUUUUUUUAACUUUGUAGACAAACACAGAAGCUCUGAACAUCCCAGUGCAUCACACUCAGGUUGCAUGACCUAGGUAUAUCUGGGAGGUCUUUAUACAUCACAGCCUCUACCAAUUCAGUGGUGGGUGGCCAGAUAAGGAAAGAAGCAAAGAACUUGGUUUCCUUCUGCUUUAACUAAUAUGUUGGUGCUGUUUUCCUCCUGAUAUGACCGUUGUUCUGAAGCACCCUCCCGUGAUUGUGCUUUGGCUGCAAGGGCCCCAAGUGUCAGCCCUACUCCUUGCGUUGCACAUGAACAUUCACAGAACUAGUUUGCCAGCUAACCCUAGACGGAGAAGGUGUUUCACCAAUUUGUUUUUUAAGGUCUCGAGUUACCAAACCCCACUUGGUUAUUCAGCGGAUAUUAGAAAGACCACCCACCUUCCUUGUUUGUUGACCAAAGCUCUUGGGCCCCAUUCCAGUGGCUCUGCACCCUGCUCCAGCCCAGCUGUAGGUCAGACCUGAGAGAGCAUAGUGUUUAAGACUGUCCUUCCAGCUCAGCAGAAAGUGGAUGCAGCUGAGGUACUCCUCAUGCAGGCAGGUGUGACCCUCUGCUAGGGGCUUACCUCGAGGAACACGUGUCUUCAUCCCAGGAAAGCAGGUGUCUUUGCUGUCAUCUGUGGAUAAGGAGAGGACAGGCAGGGCCCUGCUAAUAAGCUCUUGGAACUGCUUUUUGAGCUCCCUGUGAUUGCUUCAAAACUGGCCCCAGCUGGACUCCACUCUCAAUAGACUUGAGUAGAUGCCCAGGGUGAGCUGUGGCCUGGAAGCCAUGUAGGAACGAGAAAAAGGAACCAAGCUGCACGUGGUGAUAGAGUCUGGUUUUCUAAGUGAAAUAUGUUUUCCCUGACUUAUUUAUAAUCAGAAAUUCAGAAAUACAGUGUAUAUAACACAUGGCAAAAUUCACCAGGAACAAAGCACUAAAUAUUUUUCUAAGGUUAAAUAAUUUCUAAAUAAUUGGAAGGCACACGCUGAAGAUGUCAGGAUUAGAACUUCAGAUACCUGGUGCCUUUUUCACAGACUGAGGAGCCAGAGCCCUGGGACCAGAAGUUGACCACCCUCAUGGGUAGAUUUUGUUCCCUUGAGAGGGUGGCUUUCCAAGGGUAGAGUGAGACCUGUGGUGGCCUCGUUACCUGGGGACUAGUUAGGAACAUACAUUCUCAGACCUCUGUCCAAUCAGCCUGAGGCCAGCACUCUAGGGAGUUCCGCGUACACUCCACUGUAGCGUCCAGGACUCUAGGCUACUGGGGAGAAAGGUCCUUGAAAAAUAAAAUGUCAUCCACAGCUUUUGAUUGUAAUCCUAAAAUUGGAUGAUACCACAAGCUUGAAAACUUUUAAAUACUUAUGUAAAACAAAAACCCAACUAGCUACCCUUAAAAAACGGUAUUUUUCACAUCCUGAAGUCUAUCAGUAAUGUUUCCUACUUCUCUCGAAAUCAUGUUACAAUUAUGGAAGAGUACUGUUCAGUAUUAAAGAUAAAUGGAGAGACCAUGAA